CCAGUGUGUGUCAUUUGAAGUGUGGAACCCAUUGAGAGAGGAGUGUAAGGAAAUAGGUAACACAGUCGGAACCUCAUGUUUAUGAUAUUCUACUGACAUUCAAGAAAGCAUAUUAUACAGUUUACUUUAGCAGGUCUCUUAUGUAAUUGGGCAGAGCUACGAUAUUCCUUUAAAAAGAACACAAUCAACGGUGGCAGGCGCAGAGGCUUCAAAUUAUCAGCUAGUCUCUUGAGAAUGACACUCGUGAAGCGAUAACGCCUAAGGUAUCCAAUUCUCUACGAGAAGAACAACGUCUGAAGGGAAACCCUAUGAGAAAAUAAUCAUCAUUGGUGUUGAACAGAUAUCAUUGAAGUGAGAGAGGAAGCCAGUCAUCACUUGGUUUUUACCUGUAAUACGGCCAGAAUCAUUCCAUUGCUGGUGCAGUUUAUCUACUGUGUUUUGCAAAAACAAACUCCAGGGAUAAUCAUGUGUUUUGUCAUUGUGACAUCACGAUCCUUGUUAUGGUCGCUUUUAAGUAUAGCUGUUGUAUUAGGCCAUUUAAUUGCUCUUGGUCAACCCUAUUGGCUGAUUGGUGAAUCACGCAGUAAAUAUAUCGGAGACCACACGAAUGUGACGAGACCGGAGGGUGAAACAUCGGACCAGUGGAGCCCCUCCAUUGGAAUAUUUAAUAGCUGUCGGCAACUAACAAAGUUCUACCAAUUGCGACUGGGAUUACCGGACUCAAUUCGAUGUACUAUAUACACUAACAAUUUUUCGGGAAUUGCAAGUGGAUUUUGGAAGGCUUCCGUAGUGUUCUACGGAAUUGGUUUUAUGUUAUUGAGUUUUGUUUUUUGCGUGGCAUUUAUUAGUCUGUGUAAACGAAGCAUUUGUCAUAAAAGUAUCUUUACAGUAUCAGGAUUUGUACAAGCUGUUGCAGGGUUAUUUAUCAUCAUAGCUCUGUGCUUGUACCCCAUUGGAUGGGGAUCCGAGAGCGUGAAGCAAGUAUGCGGACAGGAUGCGGAUCCUUUCCAGGUUGGGGACUGCAGGAUCGGCUGGGCCUACUUCACGGCAAUGGGUUCCACAGUGUUAUUAUUUGUAUGCUCGAUUCUUUCUGUGCAGGCAGAUAUUUCUACCUCGCAAGAUGAAAUCCAGGAUGAGAUCAAUAAAGGGAAAUCACUGAUCUGUCUCUUUUGGUAGACUUCAACACAUGAAAUACUCAGUACUUAUUUGGAAGACGAAGCAGGAGGCGUAGGAGGACCAAAGUGCCUCAAAAUGUUCUGUUGUAGUCUAGAUAAUCCAAAUAUUGGAAGCUUAGCAUGAAAACAGAUUAUUAUUAAAGCCAUUACAAAACUAAUCAUGUGAGCAUUCCAUGAUACGAUUUUGAUUUUGUGACAUUUUGAUGCUAAUUAUAACUUAGCUUAAUCAAGUAUAAUUAGUGUCUAUCAGUCCUUGAGAUAGAGUAUAUUUAUGAUAAAUUAUCUUAUUAAUUGUUUUAAUACAUUGAUUGAUUUCACCGAAUCUAAGCAUAAGACAUGUCAGUCUGUUAUAAAUACAGUACAGUAUGUUAAUUAUGAUUUUUGUUGAACAUUUUCAAAUAGACAUUUUGAAACUAAGAAUACCAAAGAAAAAAAAUAUGAAUGAUUUACUCAAAAUGCAUAGAAAAUCUUGUUUAAUAGUGUUGUAUAGUUUCUUUUCCAAACACUGUAUCACAAAUUACCUUGAUUAGUUUGGGAAUAUCGUCCCAUAAAGAGAUGGAGAAUUGUUUAACAUUUAGCAGAAUGAGGGAGACAUCUUUAUAUUAAAAAUACAGUACCUACUAAUUAUUAAGUUAUGCGAGUUGUAUACUUAUCCAUAGGGUUAUUAUAGAAUAUAUUAUAUUUAAAGCUAAGAGAUUUAAUUGUUUCUUCAUAUAAAUUGUUAUUCAUUUGUAAUUCCAAUUUCCAAUUUGGGUUAAUUGUAGUUAACGAUUUGAUGAGGAAAAAAAAUUAUGUGUGGGACGAAGAAAAAAGGGUAGUAUUCAAAAUUUAAAUUGUUGAUUGCAAUUUGUAAACAAAAUAUUGUCCCUUGAAAAUGACAAAAAAAAUCAUAAAAAAAUAAUUUUUAAAUGCACUUGCUCAUUUUAAAGUAACAUACAAAUUAUUAACAUUAAUUAUUAUUAGCACAGAAAUUAUUUUAUUUUAAAAACGUGUACUGUACCCUGAUUUUAAAAAUGGAUAAUUAUGACAAAACAACCAGUGACUGGUAGUGUUUCUAUUUUUCGAUGUAAAAUUAUGGGUAAACGUUUUUUAAUACUCUAAUUUCUAUGUUCAAGUUGAUACCUUUAUGUUAAUUUAAAAUGGGAAGUUAAUUUCAAAAAAAUGAUUUUUAUGAUUUUUUGGGGGGAUAUUUUUCAUGGGACAAUACAUUUUUAAAUGUAAAAACUUACUGUUACUUUUCAUGGUCGCAUAGUUAGCUAGGAGCACAUCAUUGUGAGGGCGCUUGUCAAAAUCCCGUAUAGGAAAGUGUGACCAUUUCAGAAAAAAAAAUUGGGGUCACAGGGAGCCUUUUCCUCGACUCUGAUUGGGUAUUACAAAAAAACAAACACUCGGACGAUGUUCUCCAAUAGUUUCUGAUUCGGAAGAUGGAAUUCUCACCUUCAAGGCGUGCAGAGAGAGGAGAUAUCGCGUGUAGGCUUAGCUAGGUUGUACGCGCGGUGAAUGCAUAUGGUCACAAAUUCAAGAUAGGCCAAUGUGCAUAAAUCUGGACAAAUUAUUGUUUUAUUAAAUUUAGCAUAAAUCUGUAAAUAUUCAACCACUUUUUGUCAUCUAAACAGCAGAUUACUCACAUCAAUUGUUCUUUCCAUUGAAUUAAUGUGAAACUAUAUUUGAAGUCAAUUAAAGUUAUAACUUUUUGUGUGCUCCUAGCUAACAUAGCCCAUGUUGGUUCCCAUGAGAAAGCUGAAAUUUUUAGAUAUUAAUUUUUGAAAUAUGAUCAUGAAAUUAAUCCCAUAAUUUGCAGCAUUGUGUCAGAUACUGUGACAAAAACCUAGGCACAUCAUUCUUUCAUUGUGGUUACCAUGGUGAUAUGAAAAACCAAUUUCACUCAAGGUCAUUUUUAAAGAGGUUGUGAACUAAAGGAUGUUUUUAAUUUGUUACCAAAAUCACACUUUACACAUUAUAGGCCUAUUGUACAAUACAUUUUAUAUCUUAAGUUACUUAGUUUCUAUAUUUCUCAGUGAAGAUUUUGAUAUAAUCAGAGCCACAGGUUCUAAAGGAUGAUAUUAUGUGGCACAGACGCAAAUCGUGUUUCAGAGAUAAUGGCCAAAACAUGUUGAAAUGUCAACAUUUUGUAAAUCUAUUUUAUUGCACUAAACUAACCUUUAUAUAUCUAAGCAUCAUGAUAUGCUGUUAUUUUCCCCA